AUAGCAAAUAAUCGUCAACAUGGAUGUCGAUGUUGAUGAUGCUCUUCUUGCUUAUCACGCUUUUAUAAUUUUAACUGGAGGAUAUUUACUGCUAAAAAUGAAAAGGAAACCUAGAAGAAGGAGAUGGUGGGCGGUAUCCGUAAAUCGUAAUAGAAGCCAGUACAGCGGUACAAACUUAUUAGCAGAUUUGUUAAAAGAGCCUUCUGGACAGUUCCAAAACUUCUGUAGAAUGUCUAAUGAAGAUUUUAGUUCACUACUAGCAAAAGUAACACCUUUGAUUGCUAAGAACGAUACAAAGUGGAGGAAAGCAAUACCACCGAAUGAACGUUUAGCCAUAACCUUACGAUUCCUAGCAACAGGAGAUAGUUUUAAAAGCCUGCAUUACUUGUUUUAA